CGAAGUCUUGACACAAACAAACUAAGUGCUUUGUGAGAGGGGUGUGCGGCAAAUUUUCAGUCAACAUGGACGAAGUAGAUAAUUUAAGGAAAGCUCUGAACAUCGUGGCCAAGAAAUUGGGAAUCAAAGAAUGGCGCUACCAGCACAAAAUUGCCAAUGGAGACGCCUUGAACUUUCUGGGCAACUUGAAACCUGUCUUGUUGAUAGACGAAUCGACUUCAGAGGAAUAUCACCUUAUCAUUAAACUUGCUCCUUACCUACAAGGACUGGAAUCCGUAAUCAAAUUCGCCUACGACAAAGAAGUGUACGUGUAUGCUACGCUGUUCCCGAUCUACAGAAGCCUGGACACUGGAAUCGACUACGAGAAGUUGUUUCCGAAGUGUUACUACGGAGAUUCAGAUAACCAACUGUUGGUGAUGGAAGACAUGACGACGCUUGGAUUUUUCAAUUACGUUGGACAGUAUUUAGAUAAUGACCACAUAAAUGAGUCACUAAAAGCUGUCGCCCGAUUACACGCGCUGUCCAUGAUUUUAAUUGAAAAGAAGAUUCAUCUACCCAAUUAUAGUUUUCGACCAUUUGUAAGCAGUGAUCCAGACUUUUACUUCUCAGUAAUGACUUACUGCAUGCAGAAACAUGCCCCGUUAUUCCAAAAUAUGAGUCACUACGAUUUAUUAGUGAAGCUGCUGAAUAAUUUUUCGAAUAAUAUGAAUUAUAGCUCGCUGAAGGCUAGAAAAUUGGUGUAUGGACAUGGAGAUUGCUGGAAGGCAAAUGUUUUAUUCGAAUACAGGAACAAGAAACCAGUGGGGGCCUGCCUAGUCGAUUACCAACUCAGUCGGCUGAUGAACCCAGCACAAGAUGUUCUCUACUUCAUCAUGACUUCCACUAACUCCAGCAUGAGGGAUCAGAAAACCGUCGAUUCUUUUCUAUCCACCUACUACAACGAACUAACGAAUAUUCUACAAAAAAAUGGCUUAGACUCAAAAAUUGUAUACUCCGAAGAGGAUUUCCAGCACGAUUUAAAAGUGGUAUUUCCCAUGUGCUUUAAUGUAGCGUUUGUAUCUUUCACGAUGUGGUUAGGCCUUGAAGAUAUGAACUCCUUACAUUUUAGAACGGAGAAGGAUAUUCUUGAAGACAAACGCAAGGAGAUUGAAAGUCAACUGACGAAGAUUCUGUGGGAAUUAUUGAUAGACUUCAAGGCUUUGGGUUUUUUAGACGAGUAAAAUAACAACUCAAGCAGUUCGCAAACAAACGGCCAAACAUUAUAGCAAUUGAGUUAUUUGUGAACGAACAUUGGUUAGAGGAGAGGAGUAACCUGUACCUAGGUACUUAUUGAUGAUAUUAUUUAGUUACUUACCCAAUAAGUAUUAUUGUUGAGAAUCAAAGUGAGCUGUCCUCAAACUUGUCUUUAACUCUCUCUCUGUAUCGGUAUUUUUAUUUAGUUCAACCAGUAGGUAACUUAUCUCGUCUCAUCAAUCUAAAAGCUGCAAAUCUAAU